CUGUGCAGGACACAGAGACGCUGAGACUCUGACUCCAGCAUGUGAGAAGAGAACUCUUGUCUCUGUGUCCUCAUGAGUCAGUGUUUGAAGUUAAAUCUGUGGAUUUGAUUUGAUGAAGAGCAACAAUCUGGAAACUUGCAGCGAUGCCUGGAAGCCACUUCCAGGUGACCAACACAAAGCUGCACCACAGCCUCUACAGCCUGACGGACAGCUCCGCAGCCGGCUCUGAGGACGAGGAGGCCGAGGCCCCGCCUCCGCUCAGCACGCUGCAGAAGCUCACCAGCGACAUGUGCAAGGACGAGAAGACCAUCAAGGACCUGAUCAUCGGCCGCAGGGUCGGCUUCUACAAGGUGCGCGGGGAGAUUGGCUGCGGGGCUUUCUCCAGGGUCAAACUGGGAUUCCACGCUCUCACCAAAGAAAAAGUGGCCCUGAAGGUCCUGGACAAGACCCGGCUGGACACUCAGGCCCAGCGCCUGCUCUCCAGAGAGAUCAGCAGCAUGGAGUCCCUGCAGCAUCCCAACCUGGUGCGACUGUUUGAGGUGGUGGAGACGCCCAGCCGCCUCCACCUGGUGCUGGAGUACGCGGGAGGAGGCGACCUCCACGACAGGAUCUGCAACAAGGGCAAGUUUUCUGACAACACCAGCAAGGUCACGUUCGCACAGAUCCUCUCCGCCAUCAAAUACAUGCACAACAUCAACAUCAUCCACCGCGACCUGAAGGCGGAGAACGUCCUCUUCACCAGCCGCGGCUGUGUGAAGGUGGCUGAUUUCGGCUUCAGUACGCGGGUUUCAAACCUCAACAACGGCCUGGACACCUUCUGUGGGUCUCCGCCGUACGCCGCGCCAGAACUCUUCAAGGACGAGAGUUACCUGGGGCCACCGGUGGACGUGUGGGCCAUGGGCGUGCUGCUCUUCUUCAUGACCACCGGCACCAUGCCGUUCCGCGCCGAAACCCUGGGCAAGCUGCGGCACUGCAUCAUCAACGCCGCCUACACCGUGCCUCCCUGGGUUCCCGGGCCCUGCCAGAGGCUCGUGAAGGGAAUCCUGAAGCCGGAUCCCAACGACCGCUACGCCAUCGACCAGAUGCUGGGCUGUGAUUGGCUCUUACCGGUGGAGUUUCCCUGGUCACUGGUCCCGCACGAACCUGUGAGUCCUUUUCAGAGUCUGCUGGGCUUAGAGAGCUGGAACCUGGAGGAGGAAGAGGAGGAGGAGAUCAGGAGCUCGCUGGAGGAGCUCGGCUUCACCGCGGAACAUCUGCGCAACAACCAGCUGAAAGACAGCCGCUGCCCCGUCACCGGCGUCUACAGGAUCAUGGUGCACCGGGCGCAGAAGAGCCGGGGCUACGACUGUCCGCCUGUGGUCCGAGGGAUGGUCAGGGACCCGAAGAGGGAGGGGCUCCGGGCCUACAGAGGCCUCAGACACACCUCCAAGCUCUGUGUGCUGUCAUGAACAACCAGCAGUCUAAGAAGAUGCAGAACACAGACGACUGGAUUUUAACUCAUCCAAGAAGAUUCUUCAGUUCUGGACGAUCUUAGUCUGACUAACGUCGGAACGUUAAUCUCAUUUGAGAUGGAGUUUAAGUCUGGAGGAGGCAGAGCCAACCACUGAUCAGAGCAGUGCUUUUAGAGUGCUUUUUUUAUAUUUUACACUUGUGUACAAAUGAGACUGAAUAAAAGCCAACGACGUAAUAAGUCAUAAAAAAUGAACUUUGUAUUAUUUUAUCAUGCGUUUAAGUUCUUCAACUCAAGAACCUGGUGAGUUUGUCACGGAGCAAAAGCUCCUAAAGAAGUUCUUUUAUGUAUAAAGAUCCAGAAAAAUGCAUAAAUACAGAUGUUAAUUCUUAUUUUUCAUAAAAAGUCAUUCAAAAGUUGUAUUUAAAUGUUGUUUUGUGGGGAAAAAACCUGCUAAACAUUUUAUGUUAAUGUAUAAAGCCCAGAAAACUGCAUAAAUACAAGCGUUAAUCCUUAUUUUCCUUCAUAAUUUUCAUGAAAAAUGAUUAAAAAUGUGUGUUUAAUGUUGUUUUGUGGAGCAGGUGCUUCCUGCUGCUCUUCAUCAUCAUCUUCUGUCUCUUUGUCUGUCAAACUUUCUCCUGGUGUCUGUGAGUCAACAGCAGCUGGCAGCAGAUGAUCCUCUGUGGCCUCCUCAACCGGUCCAAACCGGCCAGAGCCGACCACAGAGACCGCCCCCUUUCACCUCCUCCCCCUCCUCCUCCUCAGCUCCUCCUCCUCCACCUGCAGGGUGCAGCAGCAGAUGGUGGCGCUGCCGCAGAGACAUCUGCCGUCCAGACAAUGGACGCUGUUGUGUGUUUGGACUUUGACGGAGCAGCAGCUUCACUAUUGUCCUGAGCUCCAUACACAUGCAGAUGAGUCCAGCAGGGGGGGCCCACGCCGAGGGGGAGGGGUCAAUUAUUCCACCACAGAGCAAGCGAGCGAGCAGCUGACAGGCGGAGACACAUUACACUAAAGGUCUGAACUUUUUUUUACUUUGACUUCAUUCACACAGAGUUCAUGAGGUUUAGGAGGAAAAAG